AUUUUCCAAGAUGGACGAAAGCAGGGAGCGAAGAAGUCUUUCAAAAAACCUUUUGAAAAUGAAGUUUAUGCAAAGAACGGAGGAAGCGAAAUUACGUCAGCAGUUAGAAGAUGAAGAGAAACGCGAAAUAGAUGAAGCACACUGGGUCCUAGACAACGUUGAAGGUGCUAAAGACGAGUAUGUGUGGUCGUAUACCUUCGAGGAAGCUGCUUUCAAGAAUAGAAAUGUAAUUGAAUAUGAACCAAGCUAUGUUGUUUGCGAAGAUCUGGUUCCCACAGGAAGAAUGUCUUUCAAAAGGUUCAACCCUGCCAUAGAAAAACUAUUUCAAGAACUGACUUCUCAGAAAGAAUUAGCGGAAUGUGAAGCAAGGGAAAGAGAGGACACAGUCACAGCUGAACAAAUGGCAGAAAGAUAUGAUUCGCUGAUCGACACAGUUGACAAGAAAUUUGCUAAAAAACGCAAACGUCGUCAUCACGCCGAUGUAGAGAGUUUAGACUUUCAUAAUGCCAGACCUUCAAAAAAACAAAAAGCACGAUUUAGGAAGCCCAAGGAAGAUUGAAAAUGAAGAAUACAGGUGAUCUCCGUAGAGAGAAGACUGGAAGCCAUGCUGGGAAUAAGCUGAUGUCCCUGUCGAACAUUUCCUCAGAUGUUUACCUACAUAUAGAAGUUCAAAUGGUCACAAAAGUGUACAAGUGAAUUUCUUGUCAAAGUUUUAAAGGGUGUUAAGGAAACGUAUUCAUACCGUCUGAGUAUUGACUUGUACAUUUUAACCAAAUUAAACAUUUGUGAAA